AUGCCGGUCUUCACUGAAUACUCCUCCUCAUCUCGGGAUUUGAGAGUCCUGCCAUCAUUUGCACCACCAUUACCUCGACUAACACCUCAAUUCGAGCGCAAUGAUAAAAACAAAGACAAAUAUGAAGCAGUUGUGGUCGGCGCCGGACCAGCAGGCCUAAUGCUAAGCCUUCUCCUCUCCCGCUAUGGACUUAGCGAUGCCUCCCUUCUCUGUAUCGACGCAAAGCCAAGCACUCUAAAAUCAGGCCAAGCAGAUGGUAUACAGCCUCGCACGCUAGAGGUAUUCAAAUCACUGGGCAUCUCAACCGAGAUUGAGAACGAAGCAUGCCAGAUGUGGCAAGUUGCAUUCUGGAACCCGUCAUCUGACCCAAACAAAGUAAUUGAGCGCACAUCCAUCGUGCCAGAUGUUACUACUCCGGCGCGGUUUAGUUAUGAGGCUACAAUCCACCAAGGGCGGAUCGAGCGCAUCAUGGAGACUGACCUGCUGCGGUAUUCCGAGCGGGGUAUUGUGCGGAAUACGAAGGUUGUGGAUGUCAAAAUUGACGAAGAGGGAGAUGCUGAGUUCCCGGUACUUGUGACUAUGGCUACAGAUGGUGUUGAGAAGACAGUGCGCACGAAACAUCUUGUCGGUGCGGAUGGGGCGCAUUCAGUCGUCCGGCAGUGUAUGGGACUGCGGCUGGAAGGAGAGUCUUUGGAUCAUAUUUGGGGUGUGGUUGAUAUGGUUGCUGAGACGGAUUUUCCUGAUAUUCGCCGCCGCUGUGCUAUUCAUUCUCCUGCCGGGUCCGUUAUGAUUAUCCCCAGAGAGAGGAUCUCCACGGGCGAAUACCUCACUCGGCUGUAUGUUCAGGUUCCUGAGGAUGUGGCUCCUGAGGGCGAUAAAGCCCCAGAUGGAGUAGAGGGUGUUAAGUCUGAAGAUGCGCGGCAGCGAAGAAGUAAGAUUACCCUCGAUGGAAUUCUGAAGCAAGCGGCAGAUGCGAUCAAACCAUACUCUCUCCGGCCCAAGGAGGAUGCUGUUGACUGGUGGGCUGCCUAUCAAAUUGGCCAGCGUGUCUCGCCUGAAUUCAUCGUCAAUGACUCAAAGGGGGUUGGAAGAGUCUUCAUUGCCGGAGAUGCUUGUCAUACUCAUAGUCCCAAAGCUGGCCAAGGCAUGAAUGUCUCAAUGAUGGACUCCUAUAACCUAGCCUGGAAACUCGUGUAUCAUAUUAACGAGCUAGCGCCCGAAACGACAGACCCUAUCAGCGCCGCCCCACUGCUCCAUACAUACCAGAUAGAGCGCCACGAAAUAGCCCAACAGCUUGUCGACUUUGACCGGAAAUUCUCUUCCAUGUUCUCCGGCCAAAUGGGCGCAACUGAAGGGCUGACACAAGAAGAGUUCCAACAGGCCUUCCAGCUCGGCAACGGCUUUACCAGCGGCUGUGGCAUAGAAUACCCAGAGAACAUGCUAGUAAUCCGAGAUGAGCAAGAAGCACAUAUCAAGAGCAAGGGCCCAACCCCUGUUACCGGAACGGACUUCCUAUCCGGCAUCCUGAGACCAGGCCGGAGAUUGCUCAAUGUCCGACUGCUGCGGCACGCUGAUGGGUGGCAGCGGGAUAUUCAUGAUGAUAUCCCCUCCACUGGCCGGUUCCGCAUACUAUGUCUCACAUCGACCGACCUUCUCGAUCGAAGCGGUGUCUCUGCACGGACACUAGAAGCAGUCACUUCGCUAGAAGCACAGUUCCCCAAGUCGACCAUUGAGCAGAUUAUUCUACAUCCCCGGCUACAUCGGUCUUUUGAGUGGAAGGACGUACCGACGUGUGUGAAGCAACGGGCUGAGAUGCGCUUCUAUGAUGGGUCAGCUUUGGACGAUGCGUAUAGUAUCUAUGGUGUAGACCCGGCACAGGGCGCAUUGGUCGUGGUCAGGCCUGAUGGGUAUGUUGGCGUUGUUGCCUGUCUUGGAGAUGUGGAGAGGGCUGGUGGAUAUCUAAUGCAGUGUAUUCGGACUAUCUCUAGUAAUUAG